UCGCCAUUUGCUCUGAGCUGAAGCCCCACGUGUGUGUGUGUGUUGGGACGGGAGCAGAGGAUCACGCCGUGUGUACCGUGUGUGUGUGUGUUAGUGAGUGUUGUGGAGGUGCAGAGCGGUGAGAUGCCGAAGGUGAAGCGGGUUAAGGCGGAGCGGAGCCGGGGGGGCCCGGGGGGCCCGGGGGGGCCUGUGUGUGUGUCUCUGGCCGAUCAGAUCCUACAGGGGGACACACACCGGGACACACACCGGGACAAGCAGCGCAGAGCCCAGGCCGAGGGCGACGGGGAGGACGAGUAUGUGGACGAGAAACUGUCCCGGAAAAUCCUGCAGCAGGCCCGCAUCCAGCAGGAGGAGCUCCAGGGGGAGUACGGCCUGAGGACCGGGGGGGGCAACAGGGGGGGCAACAGGGGGGGCACACUGCCUCCUGCACUACUGGGUGCGAGCAGUAAGGAUGCCGAGUCGGAUGAGGAGUGGCCGGACGUCGGAGAGGAGCAGGGUGAAGGUGGCACAGAGGUGGAGGUGGACCUGGAGGACGAAAAAGCCAUCCAGAUGUUCAUGAACAGGAACCCACCUGUCAGGCGUACUUUAGCUGACAUAAUCAUGGAGAAGAUCACGGAGAAGCAGACUGAGGUGGGCACGGUGAUGUCGGAGGUGUCAGGGCGGCCCAUGCCUCAGCUGGACCCGCGGGUUAUAGAGGUGUACAGAGGAGUCAGUAAGGUCCUGUGUAAGUACCGCAGUGGGAAACUGCCCAAAGCGUUUAAGAUCAUCCCGGCACUGUCCAACUGGGAGCAGGUGCUUUACCUCACCGAGCCUGAGACAUGGAGCGCAGCGGCGAUGUACCAGGCCACACGGAUUUUUGCAUCAAACCUUAAGGAGCGAAUGGCUCAGCGCUUUUAUAACCUGGUGCUGCUGCCACGGAUCAGAGACGACAUCGCCGAGUACAAGAAGCUGAACUUCCACCUGUACAGCGCUCUAAAGAAGGCUCUGUUUAAACCCGGGGCCUGGUUUAAAGGAAUCCUGAUCCCGUUGUGUGAGUCAGGGACGUGCACUCUGAGAGAGGCCAUCAUCAUCGGCAGCAUCCUCACCAAAUGCUCUAUUCCUGUACUGCACUCCAGCGCCGCCAUGCUGAAACUGGCAGAAAUGGAAUAUAACGGAGCAAACAGCAUCUUCCUCCGUCUGCUGCUGGAUAAGAAGUACGCGCUGCCAUUUCGCGUGCUGGACGCGCUGGUCGCUCACUUCCUGAUGUUCCGGACAGAGCAGCGCGUGCUUCCUGUGCUGUGGCAUCAGAGUCUGCUCACGCUGGUGCAGCGCUACAAGGCCGACCUGUCCUCCGAACAGAAGGCAGCGCUCCUGGAGCUGCUGAAGGUCCAAACACACACGCAGAUAUCGGCCGAAAUCAGGCGCGAGCUUCAGAACGCGGAGUCACGAGACCAGGAGGACGCCACGCCCGCCAUGGCACUGGACUGAAAAACGCACCACUCUCAAAUCAGGACUUUAUAUCUGAGUGUAUUCACCCUGCUGGAGGUACACUGAGCACAACGCCCCGUUACUGCCCCGUUACUGCCUGAUCACAUGUUAAUAACCCUGUUUAUUACAGUCUAAUGUUAGUGGAGGAUGGAAAAGGAGAAGUCACAUCGCUCAGGACAGAGCGCGUGUGUGUGUGUGUGUGUGCGUGUUUUCACAUUCAGGUGAAACUGUGGUCAGUGUACCAUUUAAUUCAACUUAUUUCUGAAUAUUAAAUUAAAUGUAAAUAAACACUUUCCCACUAAAAGUGUUUUUUUACACUAGUUAAUGUCAUGUUGCUUUUAUGAAGCUGUUGGCUAAUUGCUAAGAUAAACACACACAGCCUGUCGGAAGUGUGGUUAGACUGAGGAGUGCCCUUAAAAGGUCAAGAUAAGGCCAGAUAUUCCACACUUUAUACCUGAUUAUUAAAUACCUAAUAAAUAUGGACUGUAAUAGCA